UCCGUUUCUGUCUUUCAUUAUAAACUCUCUCUCUACAACAAAAAAAAUAACACUUUCUCUCUCAUCUUUAACCUCCAAUGGAAGCUCUAAUCACUCCAUCAUCCCCUUCACUUUCACUCUCAAAAAAGCUUUAUUCAUCUUCCUUUUCACCAUUAACAACCUCAACAAGCCCAUUCUUGUUUCCAAAGCCCCACAAGUAUCUUACUCAAAGAGUCCACACAAGCAAGUUUGGCAACUUUCUUGAUUUGAUCCCAGAAAACAAACAAACCCCUAUUAAACUUGACAUCAAUUGGCUCGACCCGUCAACCAAAGCCCGGCUGGACGUUAUUGUGAUCGGUGCGGGUCCAGCCGGGCUUUGUCUGGCUGAACGGGUCGCGCGACAUGGGGUCCGGGUCUGUUGUAUUGACCCGGACCCGCUUUCGAUGUGGCCGAAUCAUUAUGGGGCUUGGGUUGAUGAGUUGUCAUGCUUGGGGCUUGAUUCUUGUUUUGACAAAACUUGGCCUAUGGCUUCUGUUCAUGUUGAUGAUUAUAAAACUAAGUAUCUUGAUCGGCCGUACGGCCGAAUAAACCGAAAGAUGUUGAAGAUGAAGUUGAUUGGUGGGUGUGUGUCAAAUGGGGUUAAGUUUCAUAAAGGGAAAGUGUGGAAGAUUAAUCAUCAAGAGUUUGAGUCUUCAGUUGUUUGUGAUGAUGGGAAUGAGUUUAAAGCAAGUUUGAUUGUGGAUGCAAGUGGUUUUGCAAGUUCUUUUGUGGAGUAUGAUAAGCCUAGAAACCAUGGGUACCAAAUUGCUCAUGGGAUUUUGGCAGAAGUUGAAAACCACCCUUUUGAUCUUGACAAGAUGUUACUCAUGGAUUGGAGAGAUUCCCACUUGGGAAACGAGCCGGAUUUACGGGUUCAGAAUUCGAGAAUCCCGACGUUUUUAUACGCGAUGCCGUUUGAUUCAAACUUGGUGUUUCUUGAAGAGACUUCAUUGGUUAGCCGGCCGGUUUUGUCUUACAAAGAGAUUAAACUAAGAAUGGUGGCAAGGUUAAGGCAUAUGGGUAUUAAAGUUAAGAGAGUGAUUGAGAGCGAGAAGUGUUUGAUUCCGAUGGGUGGGCCACUGCCAGUGAUCCCUCAACCCGUGAUGGGGAUUGGUGGAACUGCUGGGUUGGCCCACCCAUCGACAGGGUAUAUGGUGGCCAGGACACUAGCCCUGGCCCCAAUCCUGGCUGACUCAAUCGUUGAGUGCCUUGGUUCGACCAGAAUGAUCAGAGGUCAACCGCUUUAUCAUAGAGUAUGGAACGGGUUGUGGCCUAUUGAGAGACGAUUAACAAGAGAGUAUUACCGAUUUGGGAUGGAGACGCUUUUGAAGCUUGAUUUGAAAGGAACAAGAAGCUUUUUCGAUGCUUUCUUUGAUUUGAAUCCGGAAUAUUGGCAUGGAUUUUUGUCAUCAAGAUUGUCACUUAUGGAACUUGCUAUGUUAAGCUUGUCAUUAUUUGGGCAUUCAUCAAAUUUAUCAAGAUUUGAUAUUGUCACAAAGUGUCCUGUUCCUUUAGCCAAGAUGAUGGGCAAUCUAGUUGUUGAGUCCAUUUGAUUUUGGACCAAUAUUAUUAUGCAGAUUUUUAUCAAAUUUAUCACUAUUUUCAUUUUGUAAACAUUAGAGUUUAUGCUUCU